GACAGCUGGAAAAGAAAUAGUUUCUGUUAAGAAUAACGCAACACAAAACUUCGUGUUCCAUUUUACCUUCAGUUCAUACCGUAACACCUUCAGCUGCUCUUCACCGAAGCACAUCGAGAGAUCCGAGUUCUGUUUCAAAGAUGGGAAUUUGGUUGUCAUGGAAACUGAUAGUUGCAUCGUUUCUUUGUCUGACAAGUUUGGCUUCAUCGUCUGAGCCUCGCGAGGAUAAAACGCCAAUUAAAAUUUCAUCCGUGAAAUUUGAAUCUGUUUGUGUUAAUAUUUACGACAGUCAAACAACUAAAAACAACAAGAAAAUCUAUUUCUACUCGCCGAUGGCUCUGCUAAAUCACCUGAAUGUCAUUUCUAUUAACAAUAAAACGAGCACCCAUGGAACUCUCAGUGUCAGUUUUCGCAUCUGGAAUCAAGAAGUAAAAAAAAAAGUGGUCGAACAACUCAAUCAGCAGUUCCCCAGUCAAACUAUUGAGCCCAGUCACGUGAAAGUCCUUCCUUUCGACAGUGUCAGACUGACCAGCAAAGUGCAAUCUGCUGAUUUCUCACUGACUAAUGAGUGGAUUCUGUAUGACAAUCAGCAAUCACUCAGGUUUACCUUGAUCUGCCCGACACCGGAAGAUUGCGGUCGAGUGAGGACUCAAAUGCUAAAAUUUCCUACACAAUUUGAACAUUUGCAACUUGAAUUUAAUCCUAAAUUGAACGACGGUGCGCUGAAUUUAAAAAACUGGAUAAACAAAAAAAAGUUUAAUUUAAUUUUUGAAUUUCUAGAUGAUUGUGUCAAUGAUGAUGGGGUUAUAUCUGAAGAAAAUAAAUUGCCAGCACAAGACAACAAAGAAACAAUGGCAAAUUUUGAAGCUAAAUUUGCGAAAGAGCUAAUCGCCAUUAGGGAAGAAACUAAAAAGGAAUUUGCAGCAAUUUCACAGAUGUUUUCAGAUAAAAUUAAAGUCACUGAAGAAAAUCUCGCAGUGGUACAACAGAAGUUGGAAAUUACCCAAAAAGAGUUGGAUGCCACCAAAACAUUAUUGACCUCAACAACAUCGAGCACAAAUGCGGAUGCGGUCAUUGCCGAUUUGACAACAAAAUUAAAUGCCCGAACGAGUGAAAUAGUCGACAUUGGUAAAAUGCCAACCUCGUGUGCGGAUCUGCAGCAUAUUGGACAUAAACUGAGCGGAUUCUUUUCAGUCAAAGGAACGAAAAAGAUGGAAAUGAUUUACUGCAACUUUUUUGCCAAUCAAAAUGACAAACAAAAAUGGAUCGGAUACGCCGACGUCAAAUCUGCGCCCGUCCAUUUCUACGUCCAGAGAAAUUCGCCAUUUAACACAAUUAACACUCCGAUUCCGUUCGAUUUGGCGGUGGUGAACGAGGGAAACGCCAUGGAUUUGUCAUCAGGGAAAUUCACGGCACCGCGACCGGGAAUUUAUUUUUUCUCAUUCGCGGGACUGGCGCGUCUUAAAUCUGAAUUAUUGGUUUGGUUUUGGUCUUCUCUUUACUUGAACGGGAAUCGAAUCGGGGAGAGUCAUGUUGAAGAGAGAAACGUUCCCGUUGAUCAAUAUAGUCCGUUGACCCUUCAGUCGACGCUCAACUUGAAAAAAGGCGAUCGAGUCUGGAUGAUGAUUGGUUAUUCUGGUUCAGACUCGUAUUUGGUUGAAUUCGAAGGUGACCACUCGACCCAUUUCACGGGUUUCAUGUUGGAGGAAGAAAUUAUGGCGUCCCUUUGAGGUUCAACUUCAUCGGCGAUCACGAACCGAAAAAUAAAAUGAACGUCGACACGAAAAUUUGGGGAGGAGAAUUUUAAGGGGGAAGGGAAGAUAAUUCAUUCGAUUUUAAUUCAUUAAGGAGCGGGCAUUUCUGUACCAAAAUUGAACUGUGGAUGCAAAUACAUUUAGUGAAUACACAAACCGAAUUUCAAAA